CUGUGUGGUUCGAACGCAUUGGUUCCGGUUCCUGGUGUUAGCAUGUAACACACUUCUUCUUCUUCUUCUUCUUCCGGACACGUUAUUGUUGCAUCAGCACCGGAGCGCAGCUGUCAUGUCGACCUCCGCAGAUCCAGCCUUUGACUAUGGCUUCUUGCUACAGAUAAAUGAGGAGGCCACGCUGGCCGUGUCCCUGAAUGACUACCUAACCUCGCGCAGCUACCUGACUGGGUUCAGCUUCUCCCAGGCCGACCACAAAGUCUUUAAGCUCCUCCACAGGCCCCCAGACCCACAGCAUGUCCACGCUCUGCGCUGGUACAGACACGUAGCCGCCCUGCAGCAGGACGUCCCCUCUGAGAGCAGCAUGAAGGGAAAGCGUGUCCAGCCUCCCUGGUCUCCACCAGCAGGAACAGAUGUUCCACAACUUCUGCUGUACAACAGUCUGACCAGAGAGAAGGAGCCAUUUGUUCCUCAGAAAGGGAAUAAAGUGACGUGGUACUGCUGCGGACCCACAGUUUAUGACGCCUCACACAUGGGACAUGCCAGAUCCUACAUAUCGUUCGAUAUUCUGCGAAGGAUUCUCAGGGACUACUUCAAGUAUGACGUCCUCUACUGCAUGAAUAUCACAGACAUAGACGACAAAAUCAUUAAACGAGCCCGACAGAACUACCUCCUCGACCAAUACAAGGAGAAGCAGCCGAAAGCUGCUCAGAUACUUCAGGACGUCCUGAGUGCCAGAGAG